CUUCUUUCUUAACCUCACUUUUCCUUCAAAUAUAUGUUUUGCUUUCCAUUCUGAAUACUACUUAUCUCAUUGCAUGAAUUGUGAUCAAAUCUUCUGUUAAAUUGUAGGUUAGAGGUUAGCUUCUAAAGUUUUCAAGUUAUGUCUACUAAUGGCCAUCAAAUGGAGCAGCAAUAUUCUACAAGGAAUCUCUCAGAUAGUUCGGAAUCUGGAAGCCAUUAUGAGCUAGAAUCAAGAUUUUACAUGACAUCCUGUACCGCCAUAAUCUUCGUCGCUUCGCUUGUGACCGUUGGAGUUCUGUUAAUAACUUUGGUGGUUUCAUUGACAAUUAUGUUGCAAUCUUGUCAAAGUAAAAGCAGUGGAGUUAUUAGGCUUCAGAAUGUGAAUGAUUAUUACAUUUAUUGCAAGAUGCAUUUUCUGCAUGCUGAGCUUAAUAACUUGGAAGGCAAUUAUCUUCCUAACAUAUGCAGAGACCUGGCUAUAAAUUAUGUCAAAGAAGGACAAUAUGGAAGAGACAUGGAGUUAGCUAGUUCUAUGAUUGAUGAUUACUUCAACAGUGUUAAGUCUUCAGAUCAUGGUUUGGAUUCAGUCUUGAUGGACAUUGAUAACAUUUUUGCUAUGAAUCCUCAUUCCUCCAAUUUGUUUCAUAGGUUUCAAAAUGACAACAUUAGCAACUGUAUCAAAGAGGCUAAGAAUUUAAAGCUCAGGCUUUUGCUAAGAUUAUACCUUAAUCUUCAAACUGCUGGAUGGUCCAUAAUUUUGUUAUCAAGAGAGUCUGAAACACAACGAAAUAACACCAGUAAUCAUCUUGUCUCAGCAGGGUUUAGAGGUUGGUCUGCCUUGUUAAUGAGAAAAAAAGAUGAAGUUUCUGCCAAGGAGAAUGAGUACUUCUAUAGGCAAAGGAAUCUGAUACAGAAGAAGGGCUUCCGCAUAAAAAGCAUCAUAAGCAGCCAUGUGGAUGCUUUGAAAUUUCUGGAUAAAGGAAUGCAAAUCUUAUUGCUUCCAAACCCUAUGUGUCACAAGUUUUAGCAGCAAUUGCGAAGCAUACACAAUUGACAUUAGCACAAAUCUAAGAUUGAUAGUUUUAGAACGAACAAAUUGUAAUUAUCAUUUAUUAAUUCUCUGAAACUAGUAGUUGUCUCUUUCA